UGGGUUGCGCCGCUGAGCGAGCCUCCCUCCCGAGCCCCGACGCCACCCUCGGACUUUGCCCGCCCGCGUCUCCUCUGCAGCUGCGAGGCUGCGCCUGCUUUCCCACCCGAAGAAGCCUCCUCUGAUCCAGCAACGUUUCCCUCGUUGCCAGGCUCAGGAGUGACAUCAUCCCUGUCCAAUCAGUGGCCGACGCUCCCGCGCGCCGCCACCCUCCACUUUUGCCCCCAUCGGCUCGGUUCGCCCACAGCCCCCUUAGGCAAAGGCAGGCAACUGCUAAGGCGUUUGGGGUUGAGACUCGCUGAGAAGAGAGGCGGGUGGGCGCGGGGACAAGCCGGCAAACAGGGCGCUCCCAGGUGAUUGCGGUUGACGCGGAAAGCCUCCAGCUGUGCAGCAGCAGCCCUAGACUCCCCCUCCCCUCCUCCCUUAGCAGCGCUACCACUGCACAGCUAUUUCCCAUGAUUUGAAGGUCAGUGUGGCAAGACAGAAGUUCUUGAGAAUAAACACUCUUGUGAAGAUGAAGCUACAGUCCUUAACCAGUUAUUUUGUUGCAGUCUGUUUCAUUUUCUGUCUGGCAGAUGAACAAAAAGGAUAUGGGCCAAUUUUUGAAGAACAGCCAAUUGAUACAGUCUACCCAGAAGAAUCUCCAGAAGGAAGAGUUUCAAUGAACUGCAGAGCAAGAGGAAUCCCUGCUCCCACUUAUAAGUGGCAACGUAACAACGGGGAUAUUGAUAUUAAAGCAGCAAAGGAGCACCACAGUAUGGUGGGAGGUAACCUGGAAAUCAAUAAUCCUGAAAAAUCAAGGGAUGAAGGAAAGUAUAUGUGCAUAGCAUCCAAUGUACAUGGAUCUAUAAGGAGCCGGGAAGCAUCUCUAAACUUUGGAUAUUUAUAUCCAUUUACACCUGAAGAAAGACAUGCAGUAAAAAUACGGGAAGGUGUUGGUGCUGUCCUUCUCUGUGACCCUCCACUUCAUUAUCCAGAUGACCUGAGUUACCGCUGGGUUCUGAAUGAUUUCCCAGAAUUCAUUAUGUUGGAUAAGCGGCGAUAUGUGUCACAGACUAAUGGGAAUCUCUACAUUGCCAAAGUUGAAGCAUCAGAUAAAGGCAACUACUCUUGCUUUGUAACCAGCAACUCAGUCACUAAGAGUGUAUUCAGCAGUUUCAUUCCACUUAUUCCUCAAGCAGAUCGUUCAAAAGGCUAUCUCCCAGAUAUCAGAGUGAAGUUCAAAGACACAUAUGCACUUUUAGGACAGAAUGUAACACUGGAGUGCUUUGCGCUUGGAAACCCUGUUCCAGAUAUUAGGUGGAACAAAUAUCUUGAACCUAUGCCAAGCAGUGCAGAUAUAAGCAUGUCUGGUGUGGUUCUCAAGAUCUUCAAUAUUCAGUUUGAAGAUGAAGGAACAUAUGAAUGUGAAGCUGAAAAUCAUAGAGGAAGAGAUACUCAUUCAGCAAAAGUUUAUGUUCAAGCAUAUCCAGAAUGGGUGGAGCACAUUAAUGAUACAGAGAGAGAUAUAGGCAGUGAGUUCCAUUGGCCAUGUGUAGCUGUAGGCAAGCCUCUUCCAACCAUUCGAUGGCUGAAAAAUGGAAUACCGUACUUGAAAGGGGACUUGAGAUUUUCUAAUCUGAAGCAAGAAGAUACGGGCAUGUAUCAAUGUGUAGCAGAUAAUAUACAUGGAAUGAUUUAUUCAAAUGCUGAGCUGAAAGUUAUAGUUUUAGCUCCGACCUUUGAAUUCAGCCCUAUGAAGAAGGAGGUCUUGGCUGCUAUAGGAGGCCAGGCUAUAAUUGAGUGCAAGCCUAGAGCAGCUCCUAGGCCAAAAAUCACAUGGAGCAGAGGAACAGAAAUUCUUAGAAACUCGACACGGAUACGGAUUUGGUAUGAUGGAAGUCUGGAAAUUAUUAACGUCACAGCAGCCGAUGCAGGCAACUAUACCUGUUUUGUAGAAAAUUAUAAAGGAAAAGCUAAUGGUUCUUCUACUCUUUUAACCACAGCUGCUACAAAGAUUGUUUUAGCACCCACUAAUGUUGAUGUCAUUGUUGGACUGAAUGCUACCAUGCAGUGUAUCGCAGACCAUGAUCACUCUCUAGACCUGACUUUUAUUUGGCUUCUAAAUGGAUAUCCAAUAGAUGUUGAUAAAGAGAGUGAUCAUUAUGAAAGGUCCAUCAUGAUAAAAAACAAUGGUGAACUUAUUGUCAAAAAUGCCCAACUACGACAUGCUGGAAGAUAUACAUGUGUUGCUCAGUCAAUUGUUGAUAAUGCCACGGCUUCAGCUGAUCUUGUUGUGAGAGGUCCUCCGGGUCCCCCAGGAGGACUCAAAAUAGAAGAUAUUAAAAACACAUCUGUAAUUAUUACUUGGAGCCGUGGGACAGACAAUCAUAGUCCUAUUUCAAAUUACACUGUCCAGUCAAAGACUUUUCUUUCUGACUACUGGAAGGAUGCCAAAACAGAUCCUCCUGUUAUUGAUGGAAAUGUGGAAUCAGCCAAGGUGAUUGAUUUAAUCCCAUGGAUGGAGUAUGAAUUUCGGAUAAUGGCCACUAAUAUUUUAGGGAAAGGAGACCCUAGUAUACCAUCACAGAAAAUUCGAACAGAGGGAUCUCCUCCAAAUGUGGCUCCUUCCGAAGUUGGAGGAGGGGGUGGCAGCAAUCGAGAACUGACAAUAACAUGGGUGCCUUUACCAAGAGAAUAUCACUUCGGUAAUAAUUUUGGCUACGUAGUAGCCUUCAAGUCCUUUGAUCAGAAUGACUGGAAAAGAGUUACAGUUCCUCAACCUGAAGUUGGCCGAUAUGUCCAUAAAGAUGAUUCAAUGUCCCCUGCGUCACAAUAUCAAGUAAAAGUGAGAGCAUUUAAUAACAAAGGGGAAGGACCAUUUAGCCUUACUGCUAUCAUCUUUUCAGCAGACGAUGCUCCUACUGAAACACCUAGAAAUGUGAAAGUAAAAGUGCUGUCAUCCACAGACACCUCUGUUUCUUGGCAGUCUAUAUUCAGUUCAGCUGUUACAGGGUAUGAGAUCCGCUACUGGCCCAGUCGUGGAAGAGAAGUAGAAGCUAAUAAGGUAGAAGUGGGCAGUCAGAAUUUUUCAGUGAGGUUGGAAAACCUGAAGCCUGACACACACUACUACGUGGAUGUGGCAGCUAAAAACUCAGCAGGCACUGGGCCUAGCAGCUCUCGUUUGGCUUUCCUUACAGAAAAAGCACCUCCAAGGCAGCGACCUAGAAUUAUCAGUUCUGUAAAGUCUGGAUCGAAGUACAUCAUAACAUGGGACCACGUCAAGUCACAAUCCAAUGAAUCCACUGUGAAAGGAUAUAAAGUGCUCUAUAGACCAGAUGGCCAAUUUAAUGGGACACUGUAUAAAACAGGUAAACAUUAUAUAGAGGUUCCUGCCCCUGUUAAGGGUCAAUAUGUUGUUGAAGUUCGAGUGCACAGUGAAGGAGGAGAUGGAGAAGUAGCUCAAGUAAAAAUUCCAGGAGUUGCUGCUGGAAUAUCACCCAGUUGUCUUGGUUUAUUGCUAUCUGCUAUUGGUAUCCUUGCCUUCUUGGAAUUCUGAAUGUAGCUGGAUUUAACAUGUCCUCAACUUAGUGCAAAGGACCUUCCAACCUGAGAGAUUUCAGUUCUUUUUUUAUUCCUAUGGCACCAUCCUAAGCCAAAUGAAUUAUGCUUUCAAUAAAAUUAUCCUCCUGACUUAAUCAUGGAUUUCAAAGAAGACUGAGGCAGGAACUCCUUUAUCAAGCAGCUCAAGUUCUGAAAAUAUGAGGAAUGAUUUUUAACUUGUUCCAAUUAUGCCUUAUAAAACACUUGUACUGAUCUGCGACAGUUGCAUGAUUCGGUCCAUGGGGCAAGUUGCAGUGUUAAAAUCCAAUAUCAUAAGCUGUACAGUAAAAGUGAAAUCACCACUCAUAGGUGUUUUAGCUUUAAUAUCAAAUUGUGAAAACAUAAUAGAGAUUGAAAUGUUGAUCGUAUGUGGUAUAUAUAGGAGUAACUACGUCUGUCUGUACUAUCCUAUCUGUUUUGUGUACUGCAUAUUUUUGAAUGGCCCCUGUCAUUUAUGACUUUUCAGGUUUUUAAAGAUACAGUCAAAGCAAAAACAUUGCACUCUUUUUUUUACUGCUUUUCUUCUUGAAGUGACUGAAUGUGGGUUGAGGACACGAGAAUCCAAGUUUAAUAGCAAUGGAUCUUAUUUUAGAGACUUGCCUGAGUUACAAGUAUUAACAGUAAAGGAUUUUCCAGCACCUUAAUUUUAAAAUUUUACUUUAACUCAACAUGGUCUUUUUAGAAAUAAUACUAGUAGUUAAGCCAUGUAUGAUUUUUCUCAGUCAU